AGAUCCAGUGUAAUGUGAAUGUGGUCUUCUUAAGGUGGACAAUAGAGACGGUUACUUCCCGGGAGUCCUGCCUAGACCUUCGCCGCUGACCAAGUCCAGUGGCUUGCCUUCAGCUAUCUCAGACUCCACAGACCAUGGUUACCUACCGCAUCUCAUGUGAACACUGGCAUGUGGAGGUGGUGGACUUUACCAAAGCAUUACUAUGCUUCCGCGGUCGAUAAUGACCAAUGGCCCCACCUUGGGCAGUACCCUCAAAUCCACUGUCAGUUUUGCACGUUCCCGUUCCAUUGAACAUCCACAGGGACGUUUCAAGCAAAAACGAUAGCCUUCGCGCGACGUUCUGCCACUAGUAACAGAGGUAUAAAAUGCUCGCGAUGGGCAACAGAAGUUCUAACACACAGAACUCCCAUAGUCUUCCUUCAGCGUUGUAUCGUUUGACCUACUAUUCUCACUAUGUCAGAACACAUUUUCUCAGAACACACAUUUCAACUUCAGAUGUAUUCAUCGACGUCGAUGCUCUUCUGGAAGAGCUUCGGAAUCUACCCCCUCCCGCCGAAUCAAACGAGUGCUUGACGCAAACUGAGCCUACCAGAACCUUCAUUACCGACGAAAUAAAUGACAUCUGCGGUGGUUUCUUUGCCGAGUUCUUGAUGCCAAACAUCAAAACCUAUCUUGCCACUUGCGACAGGCUGGUUCCUGUGCUUGACCUGGCGAUGCUUACCGCGGGGGAUCGCAAGUUGGUCUUAGAUACGUUGGAGCUGGCCCACGCAAUCUUUGACAACUUCGUGAGCAUCUCGCUGACAAUCCAGCAGCUCAGCGACCCACUUUCCGAACUCCCAACGCAUUCGUUCGUCCGAAAGUACUUGCUUGGAUUUAUUGAUCGAGCUCUUGCGUCUCCGCAAUGUUUAAAUGACAUCCACUCUGAACUUGAAAUACUGAAGUCGAAGAUUCAAGAGCGCGAGGAUGAGGCCCGAACAUCCUUCUUUCUCUCCGACACGAAGUGGAUUUAUGAUAUAUGGGAAUCAUGCCCCGAGUUCAAAGCACUAGACUCGUGGCUGACUGAAGAUAUUCCAGCCACAGCUCUGGAAAUAGUUGCCCAGGGAUGCAUGGCUACUGGUCCCACUCCCAAUGACGUCUCUCAGUCGCCAAUCAUGACCGCAAAACUCACACGGAACUCGUCUUUGGUUAUAGAAAACCUACGAGCGUCGACGACGCGUCCUCUAGGAGUAUCGCAAUCUUUAUCUGCGCUACCGACGUCAGCUUCACGCCCCAUAAAGCGUCUCCCAACACGAGGUGCUUCGCUUUCCCGCACGCAAUCACUUUCCGCGAUGCUUCCACCUCAAGCCCAAGCUCGCGUUAUGACCGCGCUUGGCACGGUGGCUGAAGUGGAGGAGGAAUAGGACUGAGAAUUCGGAGGAUAAGGCUCACUGGUAUUGUAUUUAUGUCUCAGUACACCACACCCAUAUAUCGGUAGUGCUUGUAUCCCAAAUAUUCACACUCUUUUCAAACG